AUGGUUUCGUUCAUACAAGUAGUAGUAGUAGUGAUAGGUAUUUCAUUUGUCGAUGGAAUAAAUAAUACUGCCUGUAUACCGACCUUCAAACAAAAAAAUACAUCAACAAUAUUAACUAAUCUUCGUCAAGAAAUGCGGAAUGUAAGUAUUGGAAUAUAUGUUGUUUUCUCUAAUGACGAACAUGGAAGUGAAUAUACACAACCGUAUGAUAAACGACGUGAUUGGAUUACAGGGUUUCGUGGUUCGUCAGGUAUAGCAGUGAUUUCAUUACGAACCGCAGCUUUAUGGACAGAUAGUCGUUAUUUUACACAAGCGGAAGAAGAAUUGGAUUGUGCUAAUUGGCUUUUGAUGAGAAAUGGAAAUGAAGAUGUACCACAUCUGAUUAGUUGGUUAGUUACUGAAGCACAACAGACAGAUUGGUCAUUAGGUAUUACAACUAAAUUUAUUUCUUCAGCAUGGUGGUUAGCGGCAAAUAACGCAUUAAAAACAAUAGGAAAACAACUUCAGCCUGUUAGUGAUCUUGUUGAACGUAUUUGGCCAAGUAAUGAACGUCCAAAAGAAUCACAAAAACCAAUUUUUCAACAUGAUAUUCAAUAUGCAGGUGAAAAUGUUACUCAAAAAUUAGAUCGAACAACUACUGAACUUCAACGAUUUGGGGCAACAGUAACUGUUAUAAGUGCUCUCGAUGAAAUAGCAUGGCAAUUUAAUUUACGUGGUGCUGAUAUUCCAUAUAAUCCUUUUUUUAAAUCAUAUGCUAUCAUUUACACUAACUAUACUAUUCGUCGACCGGAAUUAUUUGUUAAUUUAAAACAAAUCAAUCGAAGGAUAUAUCCUGUUGGUGUUAAUGUAUUUGAUUAUUCAAAAUUUUGGUCACAUUUACAUGCAAUAGUGAAUGAUCCAAGUAUAGAAAAAAUUUGGAUUAGUGCUUAUGUAUCUCAAGCUAUAUUAAAUUUAAUACCUGAUAAUAAACUAAUAUUACCAUUAUUGAAUUCACCCAUACAACGUAUAAAAGCACAAAAAAAUGCUAUAGAAAGAAAAGGUAUGCGAGAUUGUCAAAUACGAGAUGCUGUUGCUCGUAUGAAACAUAUUGGAUGGAUUGAACAACAAUUAAAUAAUGGAAAAUCAAUUAAUGAAACAGAAUCAGUUGAUCGAUUAAUUUUUUAUCAAAAACAACAAGAUAAAUUUCAAUAUCCAAGUUUUGAUGCUAUUUCAGCAUCUGGUGAUCGAGCAGCUGUUGUUCAUUAUUCUCCAGAACCACCAACAGCUCGACAUAUUACUAAAGAUCAAGUGUAUUUACUUGAUGCUGGUAGUCAAUAUCUAGAUUGUACAACAGAUAUAACACGAACACAUCAUUUUGGUACUCCAAAAGAUUUAGAAAAACGUGCUUAUACACGUGUACUUCAAGGUGUACUUGCUAUUGCCAAUACGUUUUUUCCAGCAGGAACAUAUGGUCGAUCCCUUGAUCAUCUCGGUCGAAUGUAUUUGUAUAGAGAUGGUAUGACCUUUGGACAUGGUGUAGGUCAUGGUAUUGGUCAUUUUUUAAGUGUGCACGAAGGUCCACAAAGUAUUAUAUUGGAAUACAAUGAAUAUGAAGAAGCAUUAGCUGAGGGAGUAUUCAUUUCGGAUGAACCAGGGUUUUAUAAACCAGGUGAUUUCGGUAUUCGUAUAGAAAAUGAUGUUGAGGUUGUAUUAGCAAAGAAGAGUCCAUAUGAUAAAAGACCAUUUUUACGUUUUAAUACAAUUACACUUGUACCGUAUGAACGUUCAUUGAUUGAUGUUACAUUAUUAACAAAUACACAAUUAAAUGCUAUCAAUAAAUAUCAUGCAAAAGUAGAGCGAAUUUUAGAACCUUUACUGAAAGAUGAUCAAGCAGCGUUAAAUGCAUUGCGUUCACGUACGAAAAAACUAGAUCUUCAACCAGUAACAACGAUUUCAAAAUUAUCCAACAAAACAUUUAUUAGUAUUAGUUCAACAUUUCUAAUAACCUUCGUUUUGAUUAUAAUAAUUUUAUUUUAA